CUUUAUCUCGCAUUUAUGCCUCUAUAAAUAAUUUGCAAAUCCAGUCGUUCGCUUGCAUUGAGUGUAGCUUUGUCACCAGUAGCAGCUACCAGUACGUGGUUCCUUUAACAAUGUCAUACCCAACGUAUACACUCGAGGAAGUUGCCUGUCACAAUGGCAAAUUAGAAACUGGUCUGUGGAUCGUGAUCAAAGAUACUGUUUAUGAUGUGACGGAGUAUAUAGAUAAGCAUCCAGGAGGACAAGAAUUAAUUCUCGAAUACGCUGGGAAAGACGCCACGUCAGCUUUUAAUGAUUUUGGUCACUCGUCAGAUGCAACUGCUCUCCUCAAACUUUACAAAAUUGGCCAACUCGCUGAGGGCGAAAGAAAAAAGGGCAAAGGACCAAACGAAGUGAGACGGAAAAAUCGACUAAAUUUUUUCCCCCUAUUCCGAAGCUGUUCAGCAUGAUCAGACGUUAGGAUAAUAUUAACAACUAAAAUUAUUGUAUUUAUGUAUUAUUUAUUGACUUUUCAAAAAUGAAUGUUAUUGUAUAUAUGAACUACA